AUGCAUUCGGAUAAGGGUGAGCCAACGGUCGAACCCACCACGCCCGCGAAGGCUGGUGGUGGUACCAGCGAUCAAGUUGUGAUCACCACGCAGGCAGAUUCAGAGGGAGUUAUAACGUUUAAUAUAACUCUUCCUAACCAAAAAAGUGAAGUCGGCACUGGGGCAGACGAGCAGUACACUCUCAACACGCAACAGACCGUACCCGUUUCGGUAAGCAUUGAAAUGCCUGUGCUCGAUCAAGCCGAUGAAACUAUGCAUGCAGCAGCAACCACUACAAGCAAUAUAACCACAACAGUGCUUACCAAGCAAGAAGUUGACGUGAAAUCUUCUAUGUUAGGUCCGGUUAGUAUGCCUAGCUUAGACGAUGAUUUGGAUGAACGUAACUGCCCCUUGGCACAAACCAUUGCUUUUAAUACACAAUCCGAAGUUAAAAUUGAAAACAGUUCCAAAGCAAACGGGGAUGAAAGUAAUAUUCAGAUUGAAACUGAAAAACAACUUAGUAAAGCUCCAGCAGAGUUAACCUCACAAGAAAUAAUAUCGAGCGGAGAAGUGAAUGAGAAUAAUGAAACUUCGCAGGCUACAGAUAAAAACGUUACCGAAGAGAUGGCUUCAGAAACCAGUGAGAAAGCCAUGCAGGAGCAGCAAUUAACUGCUGCUGUCGUUGAAGCCGAUCAACAACAGCAAGCAUCCCUGCAAUUAAACACACCGACUCUACAAGCCCAGACCGAAAGCGGACAAAUUAAACUAAUACUGAACGAAAACGGUGAAUUGUUACAACUCGGUAGUCACAUUAUUACCGAUGGUGAUGGUAAUCAGAUACUCGUGCAGGAUCCAGAUCAAAUACAACAGUUACUACAAACUGCGGGGUUAUUUCAAAUGAUGGCCGAUGCCAAUGGUGAAAUGGUGUUUGUACAAGGAGAUAGCAACGAAACCCAGUUAAUGGAUGCAUCUCUCCUCAAUGCCGACGGUCAAUUGAUGAUACAACAAUCGCAAGAUCUCGAAGGAAGCGCUCAUGUGAUCAGCGAAGAUAGUACUCGUGCACCAGUUUCUAUAUCUUAUACCGAAGAUUGUCAACCCAUUGUACAGUUACAGCAACAAAUUCUCGAAACUCCAAUUGGCAAUUGUGAUGCUGUAGAAAAGGAGUGCAAUUGUGCAGAGGAAAACGAUCAGGUUGUUGCAAGUGAUCAAGAUAUAGUAACAACGAGCGUAAACACUAACUCAAGUGAUAACUUCUUUGCCCUUAAAGAUCUAAUACAAUCGACCAUAAAUUCUCCAUUAGCUUCUACGUCUGCCGCGGAUGUAACAGUAGAAGGCAAGAAUAACUAUUGA